AUGGCAGGAAGCAUUAUGGUCAAAGAAAUAAAUCUGAUAAUCUUGAAUAGUAAUUUUAGCCGAAAUUAAGCUGCAAAGUCAAGCGGUGGAGUUUUAUACUUAUCAUGCUCAAUUGCAAAAGAUGAAGGAUGCUAGUAUCUAAUUGAAAAUAAUAUAUUCAGUUCAAAUAAGGCUAACCUCAAUGGCGGUGCUAUAUAUUACGACCUUUACUGUCCAACACAUUUGCUUGAAAAUUAAUUCGCAAAUAACUCAGCUCAGUACGGUUAAAAUUUUGCUUCUUAUCCAUUUUAUCUCUAAUUAAUAUAAGAUUAAAACCAUAGGUUCAUAUAAGAUCCAAAUGAUAAAUAACUUAUAAUGGAGGUAGCUAGUGGCUAGGCAUUAAACACUAAGAUGCAUUACAAGGCUAAGAGUGAACAAUAUUAAGAUGCCCUUAUCCUGAAAGUUGCCUGUAAUAAAUACUUGUUCAAUUAUUUAUUUAGAGGAGGGAUGCACUAAACAUGUCUAUCUGGUUAUGAAGGUAAGCUUUGCUAAAGUUGUUCUCCAAAUAUUAAUGGCAAGAAAUACGCAAGAGUAGGUCAAAAUUAAUGUUAUGAAUGCGAGGAUCUUUCUAUUUAGAUCAUGAAAAUGCUGGGAAUUUUAGCACUGAUUGGCUUAUAUGUAGUCUACCUAUCUCAUUCAAUCUUAAGUAAACCAAACAGAAACAAGCCUUAGACAGUUAUGAUUAGGAUACUUACAAACUAUUUUCAUGCAAUAUUGAUUGUAAAAGAAUUCGAAAUGAACUGGCCAGAGCUCGUAGAAAAUGCUCUCAGAUCAUUUUCAUUUCUGAGCUCUUAAUAGCAAAAUCUAUUUUCAUUUGAUUGCUUUUUUUCAAAACAAACUUUUGCUAGCACACCCAUGUAUAUAAUCAAAGUUAUCAUAUUUGGGCUCUUACCUCUAAUACUCUCAAUGUUUGGAGCAAUAUUUUGGAUAGUUCUUUAAGCUAUCAAAAAAUAAUAUGGUUAGAAAAUGAAUAUAUAAUAGAACAUUCUUGUUUCAAGCUUUAUCUUUGCUUACUUGUGUUAUCCAUUAAUUACAAAUUAAACCUUUUCUUUGUUCAGUUGCUCGACACUUGACAAUAAAUAAUUCCUAAAGUAAGACUUGAGCAUCGAAUGCUGGGUUGGAGAUCAUUUGAAUAUCGCUGUUUAUAUAGGAAUUAGCUUGAUUGGAAUAUGGACGAUUGGAUUUCCACUAAUUCAUUACUAUUUACCGUAUAUUGAUCCCAGACUUAAUGAUAUUGAAAAAUUAUCUGUAUAUUCAGCAGUAAGUUACUGA